AUGUGUGAAAUACCCAAGAACUUUGUGACCUACGAUAUGGUGCACAAUCUACGCUAUGACAAGAGCAAAAUAAAGAAGCGCCACGACAUGAAACCCACAAAGUAUUGGCCUGGUGCCCGUUUCAUGAUCGUCGGCCAGGAUGGGGAUCUGAAUACGGCCGCCUAUAGCGUGGCCGGAUUCAUGCAAGAGCCGUUCCAGCUCUUUCCACUGGCCACUGUGGCCGUGCAUCAGUCGAUAAGGGACAAGUUCAUUGCGAUGGUCAGGAGUCGCUUCCGCCAGCUGAAGCCCCAUGUGGCCAAUCAUCCGAACUACGAGCGAUCCCUGAAUCUAUUGAAGGACGAGUGCCAGCCUCCGGUGGACUAUGUACUAGCCGACGAGAAGGAUGCCCCCGCGUGUGCCAGUCCCAUUCUGGUGACGGGUGGCGUCACCCAUCUGUAUUUUCCCAGCGGAGCCACGGGCGUCACAACGUUGCACACAUUCGAGACGAUACAGGAGGCGGCCGAAAUAUUUGGCCGAGAGCAGCCGCACUUUGAUGCCGUCUACUACUUCGACGAGGGUAUCGCCAGUGUCUAUACACUGGCAAAGCUGAUCAAGUGCGUACAGAUCUAUGUGAACUGCCUGGACGCCUGUCUGCUGGCCAUAAUGCCCUACUAUAUCUCCAAGGUGCAGACGGUGCUGUACAAGAACGGCUUCCACUACGAGGUCCUCAAUAUCGGUGACAGCUGGAAGAUGAUUGUGUUUCCCUACAAUUCGAGUAUCAUCAGGCCAUGCUGCUGCCCAUUGGGCUACUGUCGCUGCAAUGCCAAGCACACGGUGUGCUGUCAGGAUCAUUUGAAUACACACUACUGAGUCCUGCA